AUGCCAAAGCUGGACGAUUCCUCCGAAGUCAUGACUUCUCGGCGAUAUGUGUACCUCCCUACAGAGAUCUUAAUACAUAUCGCCAAAUUCAUUUUUGAUGAUUGGUGUAACGAUAUUCCAUCUUUUCAAGUCACGCUUCAAAGGUUCUGUGCGGUCUCUCGUCAGUGGUACUCUGCUGGCAUCGAAUUUCUCUACCGCGAACCUUACCUUUGGAAAGGAAAUAGCUUCUCGCUUUUUACCAACACCGUGUGCCCGCCAAUUCGCUCCCGAGAACGAAAAGUGGAUCUGGGAUCGCUCGUUCAGGUCCUGGACCUCGAGGGAUUGGUACAUCACAGCUCUAAUAGCCUGACGGCGCGACUUCUAGGUCGAGUGAAGAAGAACCUGAAAACUUUUGCUGCUCCGAGGAUCUCUUUUUCGAUCAACAGCCUUGCGCCCUUAUCAAAGUGCAAAGAGCUUUCCUAUCUUUGUCUUGACUUGGUAGCUGAGCCAAUUCCGCUUUCUGCUAUCAAGAAAGCCAUCAGCGGCCUCGACAAACUGCAAUCCCUCGAGCUUCCAUCUUCAGCGUUCAUCACGGACGACGGUUCCAGUGGAGAUUGGCCACCCAAUCUGACACAUCUCCAGGUUGGCGGGCAAUUUAAUGUUGAGAAAAUGCCUUCUUUCAGGUGGCCUGCCAACUUGACAUCGUUGUCACUUUAUCGUUGCGAGGAUCUGAGCACUUCUGUCUUGGAACAGAUCCUUAUCAACGACCAGAUCUGCACUACGCUUAUUCAAUUGACCAUUCACCGUAUCAACCGCCAUAUGUUUGACGAGAGGCCAUCUGAGAUCUUAUCAGGACUCAUUGCUUUGAAGUCUCUUCGGAUACCUGUUGAUCUGUUUUUCUAUUUAUUCCUUCCUCCUGCGUCAAUCGGUUCUCCAACGUCGAUGCGUGAGCUGGAGCUCACGGAAGCAGAUGACGAGCAUUGGAUUAUGAUUCAUCCUGAUCUUAUUUGCAAGGCCCUGGAUAUGAAUCUUCCUCAGGUGUGCUAUCUUGGUAUCAGCCCUGGCUGUCUUGGGGUAAUACCUGAAGCAUCACAUACCAUCAUUGACAAGUUUGUGUGGAAGAACAUUGACAAGUGUCCUGAGGAGGAACUCAAUUCUUUAUCUGACUUGGGUCUCGUUGUAAUGGAUAGAGAGCCACCUUUCUAA